AUGCCGACUGACCUGCGCUCGACCGCAGCCUUUGAGCUGGACUCGCCCGAGCUGCCUCCGCCGGAACCAAAAGGUCUCGCCAGACUUACGGUGACCAUACCCUCCUCGUACAGUCCGCAAGUGAAGGUUGCGCCGCAUCCCUUGCCGCGAUGGAGGACACCGGAGUUCAUGGUUUACUACGUGGUGUUCGUUCUGGUGGUACCUAUGAUGGCCUGGAUACCCUACAGCCUCAGUUCCUCUUCACAUCCUAACUAUCCUUUCUAUGAGAGGCGGUUGUCACCCGGGUGGAUGUUCGGCCGGAGAGUGGACAACAGCGACAACCAGUACCGCUCCUUCCGAUCUGGACUGUCAUCUCUGGUGCUCCUCGCCAGUGCAUUCCUCGGCCUGAAAUACUUGUAUACCCUGGUCGCCCGCCAGACUCGCCAUGCUUCAGAUAACUCUAACUUAUUCCAAGUCCCUUUCCUGGUCGCUUUCUCGAUCGCCAUGCUCUUCGGCCUUCACGGCCUGAGUGCGCUGAAAGUUCUCUCCAUCCUUGCGCUCAACUACGGCAUAGCUAAGACGUCCGCGGGAUACAAAGCAACUCCCGCGUUGACGUGGGUCUUUAAUGGCCUGGUCCUAUUUGCGAUCGACCGCAACUCAGGGUUCAGCUACGCCUCACUGCAUCCAUACUUGUCUGCUUUGGAUGCUUGGAAGGGAGUAUACCCGCGGUGGUGGAUCAGCUUCAACAUCACGAUGUUGAGGCUCAUCUCAUUCAACAUGGACUACCAUUGGGCAUGCAGACGCAUCGGUCUCCCUGACACAGGCAGUGCGAUGCUGGACAAGCAAAGACCGCGUGUCCCGCAUUCGCUGGAGCUCUACUCGUUUGCGAAUUAUCUCGCCUAUGUGCUCUAUCCGCCGUUAUAUAUCGCGGGCCCAAUCAUGACCUUCAAUGACUUCACGUGGCAGCUGCGGCGACCCUUAUCUAUCAGCCCGCGGUCCAACUUAGGCUAUCUCGCCCGGUUUACAGCAUGUAUCCUGACACUGGAAGCUGUCCUGCACUUCAUGUAUGUCGUUGCUAUCAAGGACACCAAAGCAUGGAUCGGUUACUCAGCAGCUGAGCUGUGUCUGGUCGGCUUCUGGAACCUCAUCGUGGUCUGGCUGAAGCUUCUCGUCCCAUGGCGCUUCUUCCGCUUAUGGGCACUACUCGGCGGCGUAGACCCUCCGGAGAACAUGGUGCGCUGCAUGGCGAACAACUAUUCGACGCUCGGCUUCUGGCGCGCAUGGCACCGGAGCUACAACCUCUGGAUAACGCGCUACAUCUACAUCCCGCUCGGUGGCACGCGCAACCGCGGGUACACGGUCGUGCUCGUCUUCACGUUUGUCGCGCUCUGGCACGACCUCUCCUUCCGUCUGCUUGCGUGGGGUUGGCUCGUCAGUCUGUUUAUCAUGCCGGAAAUCGCGGCGCGCUAUCUCGUCCCUGCUUCGAAGUACGGGGAUAAGUGGUGGUUCAGACACGUCGGCGCUAUUGGCGCGGUAUUCAACGGCUUGAUGAUGAUGGCAGCGAACCUCAUCGGGUUUGUUGUUGGCACAGAUGGGUUGAAGUACAUUAUUCACCAAGUGUUCGAUACCUGGGAAGGCAUCCGCUUCCUGAUAUUCUCGUGUGUCUGUAUAUUCGUUGCUAUCCAGGUCAUGUUUGAGUACAGAGAAGAGGAAGAGCGGCAAGGGAUCGCUCGGCGAUGCUAA